GAAAAAGAGGGAGAGAGUCAGAAUCCCGCGGGACUCAGAAAUAGGGGGGAGAAAGAGAGAGAGAGGGAGGGAGAGAUCGACAAACAACGCGGCCGAUGCGAUUGGGGUAAUCGCCGAAGCGACCGACGGCGGAGGCUGGCUGGUUGCGGCGGUGAAUGGCCAAAUAACAACCGGCGGUGAAAUAAAGGACGCGGCGGUUUGCUAGCUUUGCUUGCCCUGUGUAGUUGCCCGUCUAAUGAAGAAGAAGCAAGGGGAUCGUCGGCAACAAAUAGGCGUGUCGAUUUGGUGAAUGGGCGGCCUGCGAUUGCAGAUGAGUUGGCAGCCGAGUUUGUUGAGUCAGGAAAGGAAGAAUGGACCGCCAUUAGGGCUGAGGAACCUCGGUAACACUUGCUACCUCAACAGUGUCCUCCAGUGCCUCACUUACACCCCUCCUCUCGCCAAUUUCUGCCUCGGUUUAGAGCACUCAUCUCGCUGUGAUUCAGUUUCCAACGGGCAGCUUAAGCGAGAAUGCCCCUUUUGUAUACUUGAGAAAAGGAUAGUCCGCUCUCUGAGCUUGGGCCGCAACCUUGAUGCCCCGGCCAAGAUCCUGAGUUGUCUCAGGAUUUAUGCAGAGCAUUUUCGAAGUGGCCGACAGGAAGACGCCCACGAAUUCCUGCGAUAUGUCAUCGAUGCAUGCCACAACACCUGCUUGCGUCUUAAGAAGCUGUCGCGGAAGGGCAUCGACCCUGCUAGCGGAAGUACUGUUGUUAAGGAUAUAUUCGGGGGUGCCAUGCAGAGCCAAGUGAAGUGCUUGUCUUGUCAUGCCGAGUCGAAUAAGGUCGAUGAGAUUAUGGACAUUAGUCUCGACAUUUUGCACAGUGGAUCGCUUUUAGAGGCCAUGCAAAAGUUUUUCCAGCCAGAGAUUUUGGAUGGCAACAAUAAGUACAGAUGUGAAAGUUGUAAGAAAUUGGUGGCGGCAAGGAAGCAAAUGUCAAUAAGUCAAGCGCCUAAUAUCCUUGUUAUCCAACUCAAGAGAUUUGAGGGCAUAUUUGGCGGGAAAAUUGAUAGGACUAUAGCAUUUGAAGAAGUCUUGGUACUUUCACGCUUCAUGUGCAAGUCGAGCCAGGAUCCUCAGCCAGAAUAUAGUCUCUUUGGUACAAUAGUGCAUUCAGGAUUCUCUCCCGACUCUGGACAUUACUACGCUUAUAUUAAGGAUGCAAUGGGCCGGUGGUAUUGCUGCAAUGACUCUUUCGUCACCAUGUCAAACUUAGAGGAGGUCUUGUCAGAGAAUGUAUAUAUUCUUUUCUUCACCCGAACUAAUCCAAAGCCAGUACAUACAAAGCCUCCUUUUGCUUCAAAUGGAGUCCAUUCGUGUCAACCGAAUGGCAGCGUAGCCUCUAAAAGGACUUCAAAUGGAGUCCAUUCGUGUCACCCGAAUGGCAGUGCAGCCUCUAAAAGUACUUCACAUGGAGUCCAUUCGUGUCACCCCAAUGGCAGCGCAGCCUCUAAAAGUACUUCAAAUGGAGCCCAUUCGUGUAACCCGAAUGGCAGCGCAGCCUCUAAAAGUACUUCAAAUGGAGUCCAUUUGUGUCACCCGAAUGGCAGCGCAGCCUCUAAAAGUACUUCAAAUGGAGUCCAUUCGUGUCACCCGAAUGGCAUCGCAGCCUCUAAAAGUACUAAGGAGGCUCUUCCUCCAAAACCAUUUUCUUCAAAGCCACUGGUUUCUGGGAAGGAUGUUUCAGGCAGAUCCAAGGUUGACAAAGUCACUUCUGUUACACCAAUAAAGUUCAAUAUUACUGGUAACUCUGUUUCUAAGAUGGUUCCUCAAAUUAGCAAUGGGAGGGCUGAGGUUCAUACUAAAGCAAAUGGGGUAGCUAAUGGUACUUCAGGAGGCAAACUUCAAAUGGGUAAACUUGGCAAAGAGCCAAAGUCAUCAGUACUCGAGAAUGGUUCCAGACAUAGAGCAAAAGAUAAUGCUGUCAAUGGAGAGUCUUACCAUCCACAUGCAGUUGCUAGUGAAAGUAAAAGAUCUGAAAAUGGCGCUGUUAGUUCUGUGAAGCCGCUUGCCUGCAAGAGCAAUGGCCUAAUACACAAGGAAACGGCAGAGUCAAGACCUGCUCACCAUGAAGCUGUAAAUGGUGCCUCAGAAUCCCAUGUUUCCAGGUCCAAGAGAAAACUGAACGUGGAGUCCAGUGCUUUGUUUGCUCUAGAUGAUGAAUCGAGAGCCAAGGUUGAUGAGCUGAAGGAACUACUCAAGCAAGAAGCAUCUGCAUUUUUACGAUCAUCUGAUUGGUCCAAUGAGGUAUACACCCACAUGUGUUCCAAGAAGAGAUUAUGUGCUAAAGAAGCAGGAACCACCCAUAGCGCACAUGACUUAAAGGGCAUGUUGAUCACCGAUGCUAAGCGGAAGUUCAUUCCAAGGAUCCCUGCAAAAUUGAGAGGAAAUCUAGUCAAAAGACUCCAGUCAUUUAGCGAAGAGAACUGAUGCUCUCAUUGUUCUGCUUCGACUGUGUUUCAACGGUUGGAGAACGUGGGAGUUGUUUUAUGUACUUUGUAUCUGCCAAUGUAGCGGCAAAUCGAGGAUGGUUGGGUCGAACGUAUCUGGUAGCCAGAAGAAGUUUGGAGUCUCUUUCACGGCGAGGGAGUAGUGAGUUGAGUGUUUUCCAUGCACGAGAGAGGCCUGUAAAUUUGGGAUUCUUGUAAUUGUUUUUGGCAGAAGAGGCGAGAGAGGGGAUCUUGUAUAAACCGCUAAGGGGAGGGACGAGGGAGAUCGAGCUCUGUUGUGGUAAGGUGAUUGAUCGUAGCAGAGACCGGCGGGGAACAAUUUUUUGACGGGAAAUUAUGGAGAUGAAAAUGUACACAAACAGCAAACAAACAGACACGAAAACUGUCGUUAUAAAGCGUACAAGGAGAAAUGAUGAAAAUUUGUUGGAAGGGUUGGUUGAUGUUUAGCAAGAUGGAGUUUAGGGGAAUAUGUCGGAGUACGUACCAGGAAGAAGAAGAAAAAAAGAUGCUCUUGCUGGUAGGUCUUUGCACCUACACGGAGUUCUGACAAAGAGAACCGUCAAACAGCAUGUGGGCUGGCGGCUAAUCUGGUUAAGCAAUAAACCUUCCUAAAUCUAGUAGUGGUUUCUGGUUUGUAUCUGACAAAGAUGAGUAUUAAAUAUGUGCUAAUCUUAGGAGCAACAAACCACUCAUCGUGGGCGGCCAGAAAAUUCACAUUGUAUACUGGCCAACUUGCAAGGGUGUAGCCAUUCUGCUUGUUGUUGCAGAUUAAUUAAUUCAAUCUCUUGAUCUGUAUCUUCAAUUUUUGGAAACUCAGAAAGC